GGGCUCGUGCUGCCGUGGCUCUCCGCGGUGGGAGGGCCGGCCAGCCAAUGGGAGCGGCCCACGACCGAGCGAGCGGAUACGAGCGCGACUUAAAGGCCGUCGGCCGGCUCUGCUUCGGGGCGCUUUGCGUUGGGAAUUGGGCUCAUCUAGGGGACAGUCGCGCUUCUUUACGUCCGAGUGCAUCUCUCGCAGCAGACAUGGUUUCCGUAAAGCCCGUUGCACAGAAACUCCUUAGUUAUGUUCCGCUUGUUCUUGUUUUGAUUGACCUCCGCUACGAAGGAGCAGAGUGUACGAAGAGUGAUGUGGAGAGCCACCUGGAGAUGGGGAAGAAGCUGCUGGCAGCUGGCCAGCUGGCCGAUGCCUUGUCACAUUUCCACGCAGCUGUCGAUGGAGACCCCAAGAACUAUAUGGCAUAUUACAGGAGAGCUACAGUUUACCUGGCUAUGGGAAAGUCCAAAUCGGCACUGCCGGACCUGAGCAAAGUCAUUGAGCUUAAACCAGACUUUACAUCUGCGAGACUUCAGAGAGGUAACCUCCUGCUGAAGCAGGGGAAACUCGACGAAGCAGAGGAUGACUUCAAAAAAGUACUGAAAUCCAACCCCAGUGACAAAGAAGAGAAGGAAGCCAAAAGUCAGCUGGUGAAAUCAGAUGAGCUUCAGCGGCUGUUGGCGGAAGCUCAUAGCGACUUUGACCGGAAAGACUACGAUACAGCCGCUGCCCACCUAGACGCCAUCAUAGAGACCUGCGUGUGGGACGUAAACUCCAGGGAGCUUCGGGCGGAGUGCUUCAUCCAGAUGGGAGAGAUGGGCAAAGCCAUCAGUGACCUCAAAGCCGCGUCCAAGCUGAAGAGUGACAACACUGAAGCUUUCUAUCGGCUCAGCAGCAUCUACUACCAGCUGGGGGACCACGAAAUGUCACUCAACGAGGUGCGGGAGUGCUUGAAGCUAGACCCCGACCACAAGCAGUGCUUCAGCCACUACAAACAGGUGAAGAAGCUGAACAAGCAGAUUGCGUCUGCAGAGGAGCUCAUCCAGCAGCAGAGGUAUGAAGACGCUGCGAGCAAAUACGAGUCUGUGAAGGAGACUGAACCGGACGUGCACCACUACACGCAUCUCGCCAAUGAGCGCAUCUGCCACUGCUUCUCCCAGAGUCAGCAGGCCACGGAAGCCAUCGAGGUUUGCAGUGACGUCCUCAAGACAGAGCCUCACAAUGUGAACGCCUUGAAAGACAGAGCUGAGGCCUACCUCCAGGACGAGCAGUACGAGCAGGCCAUCCAGGACUACGAGAGUGCAAGACAACACAAUGAGAAUGACCGCCAGGUCAAGGAGGGACUGGAAAAGGCCCAGCGCCUCCUCAAGCAGUCAAAAAAGAGGGAUUACUAUAAGAUCUUGGGAGUGAAGAGAACUGCUCAGAAGAAGGAAAUCAUGAAGGCGUACAGGAAGCUAGCACAGCAGUGGCACCCAGAUAACUUCCAGGACACCGACGAGAAGAAGAGGGCAGAGAAGAAGUUUAUCGACAUCGCCCAAGCUAAGGAGGUAUUAACUGACCCUGAGAUGAGGAGCAAGUUUGACCAGGGGGACGAUCCUCUGGACCCUGAGAGCCAGCAUGGGGGGGGGCCCCACUUCCACCAUGGAUGGGACGGUUUCCAGGGCUUCAACCCCUUUGGUUCGGGGCCCUUUUCCUUCAAGUUCAACUUUAACUGAGAGCAGAGGUGCUGGCUUACGCCAAUGAAGGCCGCACUUCUGUCGGCCUGUAGGGGCGGCUCUGGAAAGUGGACGUGCGAUGGGAGCGUGGAGGCUGAGAAUCCAGACUCUACUCCUAAGGAAGGCCGUUGACCAGAAUUGCCUCAGUAAAUAUCCAUUUAUGUAAAUGGGUAAAGCCUACAAAAAUAGUCUCUUGUCCUUGAUAAGGGCACUUUUCAAACUAAUAGCCUAACUGAUGACAAUAGUCAAGGAAGGACGGCAGUCCGUGUGAACAUCGGUCUUCUGGAUAAUUCCUUCUAUGCUAUAAAUGGACGCAAUGAUAGAGCUGAUCUUGUCUUGUUUCAAUUCUGAAUGUUUCUGUAAUUUAAAGAAACAGGUCCUAAGAUGGCUUUAGUGACUGUCUUUGAAACUGUCUCUUUAUUCUGACCACUUUUUUUUUUUUUUUUUUUUUUUACAAGCAAAAUUUAGUUUCCAUCAGUUCCUUGAAGUGAUUUGUGUACAUAACUAUUUUUAUAUGGAAUCAUGCUGAAUUGUAAAUAAAGAUCUAUUUAUGCUUAUUUAAUUAAAAGGCCUCACCCUUA